AUGAACCUUGUGAUAGACCUAUCCAACAACACCAAGUACCCUGAUGCCCAAGAAUACAUUGGCUUCACCCCCUGGACUGCCACAUACAUGCACCUCCACUUUUGGCUGGUUCAAUCUAUAGGUCUGACAGGUAAUUCAAUUGUGAUCUACACUUCUGUUAAGUUAGGUUCAUUGAACAUGGACAGUGUCUCGUCUGUUCUCUUGGAGAACGUGGCGGUUGCUGACAUAAUGAUAGCAGUGAUUGGGGGCUGGCCGGUGUAUAUCACAUUCUGUGCUAAAAGAUGGGUUCUUGGAAAAGCUGGCUGCAUUUUGGCUUUGUACCUGACCAAUGUCGGAGGAACUGCUGAGAUUCUUAUCUUGGCUGUGAUUUCUCUGUAUCGGGGGAUGAUGCUCAAAGAUCCAUUCCUCUUCAGGGGAGUUUCUACAGUAAAGAUAAAGAUAGGGCUACUUAUGAUCUGGCUCAUCUCUCUGACCCCAGCUGUCAUUUCAAUGGGCACUUCCAGCACCGUGUACUACGAGCCUAAGAAACUCUCCUGCACCUCUAGUGCGUAUACCUCUUCCUCAACGUUCAUUAUUGUGCUACUCGCACUUGGAAUCUUGAUUGGAGUGCCGAUGAUCUGCAUCCUAGUGAGCAAUACUUUCAUGCUGGUCGCCUCCAUCCGUUACAAACGGAGAAGAGCGCGAAUGAUGUCCGGCACUGGAGGGGAUGACAGCAACAUGAAAGCAGUCGUCACCGUUAACGUAGUGUGUUGGCUCUUCAUCUUCUCUUGGAGCCCCUUCGUCCUGAGGAUCCUCUGUGAUGCUUCAGGUGUCCCACUCUCAGUUUGAUUUUUCAUUUUUCAGGCACACUUCCUCUCGCUGAAUAUAGUCCUUAACCCGAUAAUUUACAUUCUGACGAACAGAAGUUUCCGAGAAGUCGUCAAGAAAAGGGUUUUUGGAGCGAUAUUUGUACGGUGCACCAAGAGUCAAGUUGGACCUGACAUCGGAAGAAUACAAGAAGAAAUCACUAAUGCCUAA